AUGGCACCGUCGCUGAGCCGCGCCUUUGCCCUCGCUGCCACACUUCACGGUGCUAAUGCCGUUUUGAACCCCAGAGGACCAGAUGCAGCGGGCCAGAUUCGCCUAGCCUAUCACAGUGCACAUGGCAUGACAGUCAGCUGGAAUACAUUUGACCAUGUUGAUGUUCCAAAGGUCCAAUGGGGUCUCUCCAAGGAUAACUUGAACAACACGGCUUCGUCAGAGGUGUCUGUGACCUACUCAACCUCGUCCACUUACAACAACCAUGUUGUGCUUGCUGGAUUGAAACCAGAUACGCGAUAUUAUUACUUGCCAUCGCCAUUACCUCAGGGCAACCAUGUUGAACCAUUCACUUUUACCACAGCCAAGGCUGCUGGCGCAGCCGACCCUUUUUCAGUGGCUGUUGUUGUUGACUUGGGAACCAUGGGGCGCCUGGGUUUGACUACAUCGGCGGGAAAAGGUGUCGCCAAAGAGAACAUUCUUAAGCCCGGGGAAAAGAAUACUAUCGACUCGUUGGCCGCUGUGAAAUCAUCAUACGAUUUCAUCUGGCACCCUGGAGACAUUGCAUACGCUGAUGCAUGGUUGAAGGAAGAGAUUGCUGGCUUUCUCCCCAACACUACAAUCGCUGAGGGUCACACGGUUUACGAAGCUAUUCUCAAUGACUUUUAUGACGAGAUGGCAGUGGUUACGGAAAGCAAACCCUACAUGGUUGGUCCUGGAAAUCAUGAGGCGAAUUGCAACAACGGUGGCACAAAGGAUAAGGCUACCAACAUCACUUACGAUGUCAGUAUAUGUUCCCCUGGUCAAACCAACUUCACUGGCUUCAAGAACCACUUCCGCAUGCCUAGCGAUGUUAGCGGCGGCACUGGCAAUUUUUGGUAUAGCUUUGACCAUGGUAUGGCACAUUUUAUUCAGCUGGACACGGAGACUGACUUGGGCCACGGCUUCAUCGGCCCAGACGAAAUUGGUGGCAGUGCCAACGAGGGUGCAAGCCCUGUGAAUGCGAGCAUGAAUGCUCAAACUGAAUGGCUCGCAGCGGAUUUAGCAGCCGUCAAUCGCACCAAGACACCAUGGGUUAUUGUGGCUGGACACAGACCUUGGUACCUGAGUGCGAAAAACGCCUCGGAUUCCCUCUGCACGUCAUGCAAAGAUGUAUUUGAGCCAUUGCUGCUCAAGUAUGGCGUCGAUCUCGUUCUCACUGGACACUCUCACAUCUACGAGCGUCUUGCACCUCUGGCAAACGGCAAAGUCGAUCCCAAUGAGUUGGACAACCCCAGUGCUCCUUGGUACAUUACCAAUGGUGCGGCUGGCCAUUACGACGGUCUUGACUCCAUUGGUAGCCCGCGCCAGAAAUACAGUCGUUUCGCUCUGGAUACUUCCGAUGCUACUUACGGAUGGAGUAAGCUCACCUUCAACAACUGCUCACACCUGACCCAUGAAUUCAUUGCCAGCAACAACAAUACUGUCUUGGAUACCGCAGUCCUAUUCAAAAAUCGCAACUGUGCUCCAGCAAGUCCUCCAUCAACCAACUCAACCUUUCCCACAGGUAACCCUCCCAAAAAUGGUACUUGGCCGGCGACGAAGCCUUGCCCAACCUCAGGCAGUUCAACUUCGGUGUCAACUUCUACUUCUAGCGCUGGUGUUACAUCUGGUCACUCCACGUCCCCUGCUGUUGUCGGAUCCUCUGUCGCUGGCUGCGUAGCAUCAGCGACGCAGUUGCUCGCAGUAGUCGCCGCGGCCUAUUUCUAUAUGCUACUCUAG